CUCGCCUCGCCUCGCCUCCACACCAGCAUCUGUUCAUCCUGUAACGAAGACUUCCAUAUGGUGUCUCUCGCCGCUCAGGCCAGUAUCAAUCCAUAGCAAUAUGCAACAAGUUCACACCGCCCGCUUUUCAGCAUGCCUACCCCCGAACUCAACGUCCUCAAGCCGAUUGACCCGUCCAUCACCAAUUCCGACGACUACGAGAUCUUCACACUGAGCAAUGCACAUGUGGUGUACCAGAACAAUGGCAAGCGGGCCAAUCUGUUGCAUGCCUAUGCGGACACGCCCUUGAAGGUGGAAGGUCGCUUGGAAGUUCCGGUGCGAAGCCAGAUGAAAUACCUCGUCCGGAAACCAUACAAACCCACCGAUAUCGUAAUCACGAAUGUAAUGCGCUUCAGCUAUGGCCAAACCCAAGACGGCGAAACCAUGAUAUGGGCGCAAGGCGCAGCGGGGUGGUUCGAGCUACGACCGAGCAGGGAAUACCGGGAAACAUAUAACGACAUGGUGGAAGCAGUCAACAUCCUCUACUUCAUCACAGACAUUUACAACGAGCCGCGGAAAAAAGGCGGCGGACCGAAUGCGAAGCUGAUAUACCAGGAAUAUGCGGAGGACGAAAGGUUCGCGUGUAGCGAUCCCGAAGAGGCGGCGAGAAUAUUCGCAAAGCAUAGGGUGUUUUUAAUGAUGUGUUUUCUGGGGAGGGCGCAGGGGAUUGCCUGGAGCAACACACCGCUUUGCCAAACUUAUAAAAAGCAGUUCACAAGAGAUUGGGAAACCGCGAAAGCACGUGUCGACGGCAAGGGCGCGGACGUUCCACAGAGCGCAACAACAAGUAACGAAGCAAUUGCGGCCACAGAGCCAACCACGAGAGUGAGGCGAGGUGGUGCGCCAAAGUCGAAGACGGUACAAAAAGAAGCACCGAAGAAGAACGACAAUUGGUGGGAAGCGGCGGCGAUAUUCGCGUUCAUGCAGAAAGCCGUCAACCAAGGGCUAAUACCAAUCGGGCACGUCACUGCUGACAAAAUCGCAAAACUGCUUGUCAAACGGUACGAGAUCGAGGAGACAGAAAUAGCAAGAAACGUCAUCCUGGUCCAUGCGCAAAAUUUAUGUUACAUGAUGGAUCAUCCGAGAAGGAAGAACAUACAAUUUUUUGCGAGCGAGCCGAUUUACGAGGAGUUGUCACGAGGUCAUAAUCUUUCGGCCGCCGAUACGCGGAGAGCCGAAAGUAUAGAGCUACACCCACGGAAGGAUCGUAGCCUGCUGAGAGACGACAUGAGCAGUGAAGAAGAUGAAAGUUCAGAACCAGAAACACCACGGCCGCGCUCUCCACCUCACGCAAGGAAAGGCGCACUGUCAGUACGCCGGCCAACCAGCGGGAAAUAUUCAGGCAAAGGAAAGGCUGCAAAACGAGGAAAAGGAAUCAGUAAUGGAAAAGCGCCUUAUCAUACCUUCUCAUCAGAUGAAGAAGAGGGUACGCGAAGCGAAUCCGAGAGCGAUGAAGGUAUCGAUACGCCUACAAACAUAUUAUCUCCUGGGAAGCGAAAGCAUGAAUUCGAAGACCGUGAGCAAGGAUCACGGAAACGUGCGGCCAGUGAAGCUCUCGACCAAGAUGAAUCGCCUUCUCCUUCAGAUUCCGACGAAGCGGACCCGCCGACGACAACUCUACCAUUGAGGUGGAACUCCAACAACGUCGCAGUGUUGUCUUCGCCCGCAUUGUCACCACCUAUCAUCUCUACACCGUUACCAGAAUACACCGCAAACGGUCCCGGGGACUCUUGGACGUGUACUUUCGAUGGCUGCUCGCACAAGGUGUACGGAGCCAGCUCAGAUGUCGGCCGAACGUUGAUUCAAGAGCAUUUCAACGACCACGCGAAGGGUCGACAAAAGGAAAUCGGGUUGAUCAUGUCUGAGGAGCAGAAGCUGCGACUACCCGUCAACAACCUCCUCAAGCGAAUCCGCGAAAUGACAGCCGCACAAACACCACUAAUUCCAGACAGCAGUCCCAGCGCAAUGACGCCGCAGCCCAUCGAGCGUACCUCAUAAAUACCCACUUAUUCUUAAGCAAUCAGUGCAUGACUAUGACAUAUUCUUCCUUCUUUCCUUUCCUUAUUCCUCGCAUUCUAGACACGGCAUCAGGAGGCCUUACGCAUCAUCAUCACUAGUUAGGAGUUAUCUUACCAAGAGUCGGGGUUUCACAUGAGGAGACGAAUAUAACGGCUACAGGGAGGGCUUAGAGUGUCUAGGUGUACAAAAGCCCAUUCCUCACUCAACAAUGAUAUUCGUUUAUUCUUUCCCG